AUGUUAUCCCCUCGAAUGCUCUAUCGGUAUCUUGCUACGAGCACAGCUGUGCUCCGGAGUCCAGCAAGCCAGCAUCUUUCAGCAACCUUUCGCACCAGCAGAAGCGCCACUGUGGCUCCAUACUCCAUACAUUUGCAGCAGCAUUUUCGUCGGGAACUCUCGAUCUUGACUGGCCACAAUCAUAACGUUGACUCUGCGGUUGAAGAAGACAGCUCUGGGAAAGAAGGCGGAAAUGAGUCUGUCGCUAUGGGGGAUCAAGGAAUUAUCCCUCAGGAAUCGUUUGAAGGAAAGAUAGUACCUCUUGGACCCGAUUUCUCGGUACGAAGAAUAUUGCCAUUUCGCAAGCAAAGAUCCUUAGGUCCUUUUGUCUUUCUAGAUCAUUUUGGACCAGUCCUAAUCUCAGAGCAUGCCAUGAAUGUGGGUCCCCAUCCGCACAUUGGCCUCAUGACAAUUAGCUACCUUUUUGAAGGGGCCGUAUUGCAUCGUGAUUCGACAGGAGCGGAACAAAUUGUCCUUCCAGGUGAAGUCAACGGAAUGAUAUCAGGAAAAGGCGUGACCCAUUCGGAACGAGGUCUUUUGGAAGAUUUGCAGCCACAUUUAGAUGCCCGGAAUGUACCGGCUCCAACCGGGUCCCACGGUCUCCAAUUGUGGAUGGCCUUGUCCAAGGAUGGAGAAGAUUGUGAGCCAUCUUUUCACCACGGAAAGGCUGUUUCCAUUGACUCACAUGCUACUUUAGUGGUUGGGAAUUCCAAUGGUCUGACCCAGUCGUCCAUUCCCAUUGACCCAAAGUUGGGAAGAGUGUUCUAUGUGGAUACCCACUUUGAAAACGCAAAUGACAGCUUUAUCCUGGAGGGCCCGGGAGGACAGCACGACUACAACUAUCCAUCCAUCGAAGUCGGAGUCUAUGUGUCUACAGGAAAGAUGAAAUUCCUCUCAGGGUGGGGGUCCUUGGAUGGUCAAAUAGUGGAACCAGGAAGUAUGGUCACUGCCAAAGCUGGAGCAACAGAGAUCAAAGCAAAAAUUCAAGCAUUGGAAGGUGACACUCGUGUUGCCAUUCUAGGCGGCACUCCCCUGCCGGAGAAACGCCACAUGUUUUGGAAUUUUGUAUCUGCAGGCAAGGAGAAAUUGGAUGCUGCAACAAAAGCAUGGGAUGAGCUAGAUCGUAGCAUAUUCCCAAAAGUUGUGAAUGAAGCCAAUGAUGAUUCAAUCCCCUUGCCAAAGAGAAAGUAA